AUGACUGAAUAUACCGCUGAGUGGCGCCCUAAUCCAUACCUCCAAAGCGGGCUCGUCUUUAAUACACCAUCAUCGGACGUGGAGUGCUAUGAUCAACUCUGGGUUCCCAAGGUUCCGUCGGGGCGGUCUCACCAUGCGCACUCGAUCUACAUUGACCACCAGAUUGUGGGGAAUGGCGGUGUCAAAUUCGCCUUGACCGAUCUCUGCGAUAUUGGCAAGUAUGUUGCUCAGAUCAUAGCGGAUCCACAGACCCUCAAUAGACAUGUGCUGGUAUACACAGACAUCCUCGACAGCGCUCCUUCGGACACAGCAGUGGCUCUCGAGAACCAGGGGAAUUAGGUCUGUGUGAUAUGAAAGUUGCG